AUGUCUUUCGAGAUUCUUGCGUUGCCAUACUCUUGGAUCCACAAGGAUUCUGCAUCUUCAAGGUUUGAAAAUCUAAAACAUUUGAUCAAUGCUUCAUACAAUAAACCUAGGUACAGAUUUGGUAUCAUUCAAUCUCCAAGAAUCAAGAAUAACAAUUCAGUCUUGUCAGAUCUAGCAAUUGAUGCCAAGGAUGAGAUUUGUAUUUACUUGCUACUUGGAAAAGAGGAAAAGUUUGAUGAUUUGUUUUUCAACGAAGGAUAUAAACGAGAUUUGACUAAAGUUGCAACUACAUUCAGUCAAGUUUUUGCUAAUGAUAUUCCAGAACGUUAUUAUUCGAUUUUCAAUCUUGAAGAUAUAAAAACCGCAAAGAUCAGUUUUGUCGAUAGUGAUUUUGAAUUUACUGAGGAGGCCUUGAAUAGAUGUAUUGCUAGUGUUGGCUUGAGGUCAUUUCAUGGCACGGUCAAGCCAGAUACCAAAGAGUUUGAAUUGACUGCAUUCACAUCGUUUAUGCGGAACACUGCUCCAGUUUUUCUAGACUUUAUAAUAAACCAAUGUCUAUUGGAUAGUGGAAGAUUUGAACAAAUAUCAUUUCAGGGAACCCUUAAUGAUUUUCGGACAAUCAUUAUACACGCAGACGUGAUCAAAGAACAUGGGUUAGUUGAGUACUAUACAAAAAAGUGUUCUUUCACAAAGUCUUGUCAGGAGGAUGUCUUGAUCAAAAUUGAUAAUCAACAGAACGUUGAAGAUGGGAUACUAGAGAAAGGGAUACUAGCAUCCAAAGAUUUUCAUCUUUCUUUUUUAGAGAGAGUCAUUCAUAUAGAACCCAAAUAG